GAUACUACGACUGAUCCAUAUUUGAUCUCUAAGUAUCUAUUGAUAUUCUCUUUUCUCUUUCUGGUUGAAUCAAUUUUGAUUAUGAUUAAUCUCGUUACUUAAUUUUGUUUAAUAAUUUUGUUUUUUUGUGUGUAUCAGAUCGGCAAUCUCGUUAACUGUGUUAUGGAAAUCAUUGAGGAAUCGCCAGAUGGUUAUGAUUUUGAUCGUCUGUCUCAAAAUUAUGCUUCAUCGUCUCUAUGUGAUUCUGGAUCUGAAGGAGAAGAAGACUUUACUAAAACUCUGCUUUCAGUUGAUUUAUCAGAAUUCAAUGGAGCAGAUUUUAAUGAAGCAGAAUUUGAGUCUGAUUCCAAUUUACUUGAUAUACCUGAUACCUGCCAAAUUAAUGAAAAUACUGAUAACUAUUUCAAGCAGUGUGCUGAGCUGAAACUAAAAAAUGAACUUCUCGCAAAUUUGGUCAACAACCUUCGAAGAAGGCUCAAGCAUUCUCAGAAAAGAUUAUUGGCGGCUGAAACUGCUCCAAGUACUGAUCGAUCGACACGCCACCAGUGCUCCGAUUAUGCCUGUGGGGAAAGACGUAACAUCAUUCGUGGUUUACAGCAUGAACUCGCCUCUGUAAAAGCAGAAAAACAAAGUUCGUUAGAUAGGUUGUCUAAUGAAAUGUUACAAAUUAAGAAUCACAUUUCAAUCGCAAUAUCCAGAGUUAAGGAAGACAAGACAAGUGCCACUGCUGAUAAAGAUGAAACAAUCUAUCAAUUGUCUACCGGAAUUGAUAAAUUGAACAAAAAUUUGGAAUUGAUAAACUUGGAAAAAGAUUCCACUGUAUCUAGUCAAGCUCAAAAUGUUAAUCAGAAUACAAUUUUGGAUGUUAAUUCCAUUCGAGUUGUUAUGAAUGACCACUUUACAGAAUUGUUGCCAAGAAUGAAAAAAAUUCGUAGUUUACCUCUUCAUUAUCAACGUAAUUAUAUUAAUCAAUACGCAUCAUAUUCCCUUUGUGAUCUCGGUCUGAAACCUUGGUGGCAUGCUGAAUCACUAAAUUGGAGGGAAAACCUUCAUGUCAUUCAACGAGCUGCUAACCUUAGUCUUGCUGAAUUACUUAACAUACAAAAUAUCUCUGCUUGGACACCAGUGGCUUUAUUAGGGUUCAAAAAUCCCGUUGAAAAUUAUCUCAUCCGAGCCUUAAUGACCCUUAUGAAGCACAAAGCUUCUCCUCAAGACUGGCCAAUUUUGAGAGAUUUAAAUCUUGAUCCUGAAAUAUACAUUCAUCCUGAUGUAACUAACAUUGAUAUUGAAAAUAUUUGUUCAAGACGAAUCGAUGCUAGUAUAUCUUCUGCCACUACCAUUCAUCUGAUGGUUCGAUUGGGUGAAGGUGGCUGGUAUGUUACCAUAUUACAAGAUUAUCAUGUAUUUAAAACUUGGUUGAUUAGUGAUUCCGAUUCAAUCAUGCAAACUGUAAUUACUGGAGUUUCUCUCAUGAUUAAUGUUGUGAAUAAUCUUAUCAAAGGAGUUGUAAUUAUUGGCAUACCCGAUAUAAUUAAUUUUGAUCUCCCAUCAUUAAUAACAUCUAAAACAAUUCUAACACUUAUGAAAGAUAUCAAUAUCGACACGUGGUUUUGGUUUGUUGAUACAAAUUGGAGGACGACCAAAAAGUUGAGCGCAUUUUCCCUAGAAAUUACGAAAGCUUUGGAUACAGAAGAGUCAGCAAGAUUGAAAAUAAGGGAAAAAGUGAACAGCCUGAUACAAGAGAUUUGGACUUUUGAGCGUCCCUUCAUUUAUCGGUUCAAUCCAAAUCUAAAGCCAAAGAUAAUCAAAUAUCAUCGCAUUGGAGGAUAUACUUUUAAAACUUUUAUUAAUGUGUUAACUAAAUUAUCUGUCGACUUUCAACGUCUUCCAUUUUGUUGUAAUGCAGAUUUCCCUGGACGAAGCCUUGAUCAUUUUCUUGAUGGUUGCACGGUUUCAUAUCCUGUAACUGAGGAACUUCGUAAAAGAAAUGAUAGUUGGUCAUUGGACACAACAAAGGCUGGACAACGUCUCAUCGUGGAAACACUCGGUAUGUUGACUACAAUUUGUGAUCCUUUUUGCUAAAUUCUUUAUUUUAUACAGAUUUCAUUAAGAUUAAUUACUUUUUAUGCAAUUUGACGGAUAAUUUUUUUCGUUCAAUUCAAUUUCAACAACACAUAGUUCAAAUUUUUGUUUUCUUGCAAAGCUUUCUUAUUUGAAUGCUUCAGUACAAAUAAGAUAUUUUUUUUUAUAAAACAAAAAAUGAUUCAAUAAACUUGAAAGGAAACAAAUAUUAAGCUAGUUUUUUUGCCAUCAUUUGAUAUUUGCAUUUGUUCAUUCUCAAAAAUUUUCUUUCUCCAGUUCGUUUGAAAAAUUGCAAUAUUUAAAAUUUUCUUUCCUAAAGCACUUAUAUUCAGCCAUUUAAGUUUAUUGAUAUUUAAAUUGAACUCAUUAUCAAAGUUAUAAUCAUUGCCCUAUCCUUUUCAAUAAAUUUUCAUGUUCAUAAAACAACCAAUUUUUCUGCAAUAAAUCUUGAACCAAUGAUCUACUUUGUAAUAAAAACA